GUGUGCCUGACAGCCUGAGAAAAGGGAAUACAAUCACCCAAUAUGCACUGAAACGGAAGUACGAGCACUGUACUGAGAAGCAGUGGCUCAAGUCAGGCUGUCUUACACGUGUGUUUUUUUUUUUUGUUUUUACCGCAGCAAGAACUUGGAGCCUGAUGCUUUUCCUAAAUAGAAGUAGAGUUGAUUACAUUCACAGUAGUUAGAGGAGGCUCAACGUUCUUUACCUUGCCGUCUUUCACUUAAGCCGUUUGAUCUUCUUGUGCCAGUAUGAAGUACAUCCUGGUAACUGGUGGUGUCAUAUCUGGCAUUGGAAAGGGCAUCAUUGCCAGCAGCGUGGGAACAAUCCUCAAGUCCUGUGGCCUACACGUCACAGCCAUCAAAAUUGACCCGUAUAUCAAUAUUGAUGCUGGCACCUUUUCACCUUAUGAGCAUGGUGAAGUUUUUGUUCUUGAUGAUGGUGGGGAGGUGGAUUUGGACUUGGGGAACUAUGAGCGUUUCCUGGACAUCCGUCUCACCAGAGACAACAACCUAACCACUGGAAAGAUCUACCAGUCAGUCAUCAACAAGGAGAGGAGGGGAGACUACCUGGGCAAGACUGUGCAAGUGGUACCCCACAUCACAGAUGCCAUCCAGGAAUGGGUGAUGCGGCAGGCCAGAAUUUCAGUAGAUGAUGAUGGUGUGGAGCCCCAAGUUUGUGUCAUAGAGCUGGGAGGCACAGUGGGAGACAUUGAGAGCAUGCCCUUCAUCGAGGCCUUCAGACAGUUCCAGUUCAAAGUGAAGAGGGAGAACUUCUGCAACAUCCAUGUUAGCCUGAUACCACAACCCAACACCACAGGUGAACAGAAAACCAAGCCGACCCAGAACAGUGUCAGAGAGCUCAGAGGGCUGGGCUUGUCUCCAGAUUUGAUUAUGUGCCGCUGUUCAUCGCCCCUGGAAACAGCUGUCAAAGAGAAGAUCUCCAUGUUUUGUCAUGUGGAGCCCACACAGGUGAUCUGUGUCCAAGAUGUCUCCUCAGUCUACAGAGUGCCCCUGCUGCUCGAAGAUCAGGGUGUUGUGAGCUAUUUCUGUCAGCGUUUGAACCUGCCUGUCGGCAUUAGGCCCAGGAAGAUGCUUGCAAAGUGGAAGGAGAUGGCUGACAGAUCUGACCGUCUCUUGGAGCAUGUUUCCAUAGCCCUGGUGGGAAAAUACACAAAGUUAGCCGACUCCUACACCUCUGUUAUCAAAGCCCUAGAGCACUCUGCCCUCGCCAUUAAUCACAAACUAGAGGUCAAGUACAUCGACUCGGCAGACCUGGAGCCAACCACUCUGGAAGAUGAGCCAGUUAAAUAUCAUGAGGCCUGGCAAAAACUCUGCAGUUCCCAAGGUGUGUUGGUACCAGGAGGUUUUGGUGUGAGAGGAACAGAGGGCAAGAUACUAGCUAUUAACUGGGCGAGGAAACAGAACAAGCCAUUUCUGGGCGUGUGUUUGGGCAUGCAGCUGGCAGUGUGUGAGUUCGCCCGCAAUGUUCUCGGAUGGGAAGAUGCCAACUCCACAGAAUUUAAUCCAGAAUCCGAACACCCUGUGGUGAUUGAUAUGCCAGAGCACAACCCAGGGCAGAUGGGUGGGACUAUGAGGUUGGGGAAGAGGCAGACUAUUUUCAGAUCCAUCCCCAGUGUGCUGAGAAAACUGUACGGAAACGUGGAUUGUGUGGACGAAAGGCACAGGCACAGAUUUGAGGUGAACCCUGAGCUGAAACACCACUUUGAAAACAAAGGUCUUCAGUUUGUCGGGCAGGAUGUGGAAGGAGAGAGAAUGGAGAUCAUUGAAUUGGAGGAUCAUUGUUACUUUGUUGGUGUGCAGUAUCACCCAGAGUUUACCUCAAGGCCCAUCAAACCUUCUCCUCCAUACUUUGGUCUCCUGCUGGCUGCUGCAGGAAAACUCCAGAGCUACCUCAACAAGGGCUGUCGCCUGUCUCCACGGGACACUUACAGCGGCAGCAGUGGCAGCAGCUCUCCUGAAGUGGACAUGUCCGAGCUCAAGUUCCCCUCUCUGUCCUGAGACUAAAGCACGUCUAGUUUUUGUGUGUGUGUCACUCAUGCAGGUAAAUGCAAGGCUGAGGAAAAAAAGCGGGUUGGACACUGCAAAAACCAAAGCUUUUGUUGAACUAUUUUUAGACUCUGGUACAAUAUGUUAAUAAUGUGUGCUCUAAAUGUAUUAUGCCUUCUGUGAUUUUAUAAAUGUAAAGGGAUGUUUUACAGCUUACUCUGUGGGGGUAUAGAUUUGCUGGAAUAAGCAAAGUGUUUUAUGGAAUACCUGCAAAAAAAUUGUGAACAGAUGGAUAGUAUACAUUGCAGUCAGGGAUAGAAUCUUGUGACUUGCUCAGAAUAAGCAGAUCAGUCUGCAGGAGGCAACAGUGACAAAGGGUUGGGGGUCUGUACAAUCAGGGGCACAUUCAGCCUCCACAAAACGUAGCAAAUCAUUUAUUUAAAUGGAAAACGGUGAUCGGUAGAACACUGUGUUGGGUUCUACAUGCAUACUUGCCUAGUCUGGUUGCUUAUCAUGGUGGGGUCUAUAUACAUGCUGCUGCUGAUUGUGUAACACUUCUGACACACCCACCAAUAAGAGAAGACGUACCUCAAAGUCUGUUGCACACCAUUAAGAGGAAACAUGAGCAUUCCUCAGGUUUGUUUUGGGUGCAGCCAUCCUGCAAAUCACUCAUUUAAUCCAAUGGAUGAAAACAGAGGUUUAUGAUUUUAUACAGUUGUUGGCAAGUUUUUGCCUGUUUAUCAUCACAGUUACAUAUCAUGGAUAUACUUGGCUCUUUGAAGUGUUAUUCUCUCUAACCAGACAGUUGUAUGUAUUGUAUCCUUUUAGGUUUAAUAUCUUAUUAUCUAAUUCAUUCGGGUGAUGACACUUAAGUGCAAACUACAUGAUUUUCUGGUUUCAAAUAAUCUUGCCCUGUGAUGCAUGGAUUGUGCAUGCAAAAUCUAUCAUGCAAGAUUAAACUGGACCAUGAACUUGUGCUUUUGUGACUGUAGGUUCUAUUUAUACUUUCUGUUGUAAUAAAGUAAGUAAGUUAAUAUCAACAUGACAGUGAGAUGAAAAUUUUGCAUGAAAGUUGAAUUUGGCAAACUUGUGUACUUCUUGGUGUUUUGCCUUAAACCCAUCUGUUCAGCUUGGAUGACUUUUAUGUUUGAAACCUUUCACCUGCUGACACCAACAAACACAGCUUUGUGCUGUAUCUGACACCAGAACUUCCUGAAAUGAAUCAUACUGGUUCACAGUCAUCUGACAAUCCCACCAGUUGAAAGUGAGUCAGCAGUAUUAAGUGAAAAACAGUGCUUUGGAAAAGAAAAGUGAGUUCUUUUUAAACUGAAAGAAAAACAUGGAUUUGAUCUCGAAACAUCAUUAGCAGCCAACUGUAGAUGACAAGCUUCCAAGUUAGAUUUUCGCUUUGUCAAAUGAAAUGAGAUUAAACGAUUGCUGCUGAUGCCUUCAUGUAUCAGCUGGUGACUCGCGUGUUUAGAAAAGAAAUGCCAUGUUUUAAGAUUUAUGAAUUUCGGGUGCAUAUUUGAUGUUAUGUGUGUUUGUUCUGAAUAAAUAUAUUUUUAUUCCCCUUGA